AUGGAAGAAGAGGAUGAAAUUGAUGUUGCCUCGGCAGAUGAUGCAAUUUCACAACUCUCAGCAAUAGAUGCACAGCUAAUGGAUAUCAGAUCAGAUAAAAAUUUAACUACAGAUGAAAAGCUAACUCAAAUGACAAAUCUCUUGGAGAGAAGAAAUAAAUUAGUAGAUAAACUACAAGCAGCCAAAUCUAAAGAAUUCAAAGACUUUGUUGAUUCUCUUAAUCUCAAAGAUCUUUCCGUUCAAACUUUCUUUUUAACAUCAAGAAAAUGCAGAAUUGGUUCAGAAAAUCCAGAAUAUGAACUUAUAGAAAAGCCACCACAGAAAAAGAAGUUAUUUAGCAAGUCAGUCCCACCUCAUCCACUUCAACAACAAACAUAUGAGAUUAUUGUAAAUAAAAAGAAAGAAGCCGAGAAAGAACUUUCAAAAUACUCAAAAAAGCAAAUACUUUCACCUCAAGAUCACGCUCAUAAAAUGCGCCUUGAGGCAGAAAUUCAAGUAUACACACAGUACUUAAAUCAGUGA